UGCAAAGUAGAACAAUAACAACAACGAGUUGUGCAGGUCUUUUUGCGAAGUGAAAUAUUUAAUGUUGCUGGUGAUUGUAAAUAUUACCAACUAAUUUUAUCUUCAGAACAAAGCUGUAGAUUACGUAAUGUUUGCUGGAAGUCAACACCGUACACAACGAUGUACACCCGAAUAAUUGAUCAGUUUCUCAAAAGAAGGAGAUAGUCGACUUAGUUUCGAAGCUCAGCAAAAUGACGAAAAAGAAAUGCUUUUUAUUCCUAAAAUGAAGACAACUGUCGACAAUGGCACCAGAAAGAAGAGUGUCGAAGAAGAAAUGGAUAACUGCGCGAAAUGAUACGUUCGAUAACGGGGAUAGAAAAAUAUUUACGCCGCGAAAUUUGGUUUUCCUCCGAAAAAGGCAGUAGCGCCUGGUGAAGAUUCGAAAGGUGGUGUUUGUGUGCGCGAGCAACGGGAAGCUUUACAGUGUUGGAAAAUGAGAACUUCAUAUUUUGGUAGCUUACUUACCAAAUGUGCGCUAAUCUUGCUCUUGCUGCUGUUCAGUGAUUGUACAAAUAUAACCAAUAGUUCUAGUAAUAGCAAUAGUUCUAACUUGAAUUUAAGUGAAGGCAUCAGGUUAAAUAAUGUAACAACGACUGCUGCUGGCCACAGUGCCGGCAGUGGCUUCCGAUCCGGGGCCAAUUGCUGUGAUAACAUCGGUACUAACAACGUUAAUAAUAGCGAUAGCGAUAGUCAUUCGGUAGAUCCAGUUUCUCACCGUCUGGAGGUUGAGUUUACCACAAAUAUUGUUCAGAAUGAAUAUAUUGUGCAGUUCGAUAGUUACUAUAGUCGGUGGACUAGAGAGAAGUAUAUCCAGGAUGCACUGAAUGGAUCGAAGGUUAAAAACUGGCGCAUUCUGCCCCGUACGAAUCCCGUAAGCGACUUCCCAAGCGACUUCGAAGUUUUAAGAUUGGACGCCCAAACAUCUACGGAUGGGAUUAAUUUGCUUACAUCACAUCCAUCUGUUAAGUCAAUAUCGCCGCAGCGUGUUGUACACCGAGCGUUGAAAUACGUCCCGGUUGUUGACGAAGAACAAGAAGACGACGGCGGCGCUGAUGAUGCGGGAUCGGUAGAGGAGAAUGGUGAAGACGACGAAAUUGCGGAGUUUAUUGAAGAAUUCGCGAAUUUCAAGAGGAAACUAUCCACCGAAGUCAAUGAACUAAAUAAAAGCCAAACUGAGUCGCAGCACAAUGUUGUUCCUCCGGUGGGUGCCACGAAUCGGCACCUCAAUCGACGAUUGUUGAGAGCUAUUCCCAGACAAAUUACGUCGCUGCUCAGAGCGGAUGUGCUGUGGGGAAUGGGUAUAACCGGCAAGGGGAUAAAGGUAGCCGUUUUCGAUACAGGACUUUCGAAGAAUCAUCCCCAUUUCAAAUCGGUGAAGGAGAGAACAAAUUGGACCAACGAAAAGACGCUUGAUGACGGUGUUAGUCAUGGAACGUUUGUGGCGGGUAUAAUAGCCUCUUCGAAAGAGUGUUUCGGUUUCGCUCCCGACUCGGAGUUGCAUAUUUUUCGGGUGUUCACAAACAAUCAGGUUUCCUAUACCUCGUGGUUCUUGGACGCUUUCAACUAUGCAAUUUUGAAGAAUAUCAAUGUGCUGAAUCUUAGCAUCGGAGGACCCGACUUCUUGGACCAGCCCUUCGUUGACAAAGUGUUGGAGCUAUCGGCCAACAAGGUCAUCAUGGUUUCGGCUAUUGGUAACGAUGGGCCACUCUAUGGAACCUUGAACAAUCCGGGAGACCAGAUGGAUGUGAUUGGAGUUGGGGGGAUGGAUUACAACGAUAACAUAGCGAAGUUCAGCUCACGUGGUAUGACGACGUGGGAGCUUCCUAAUGGGUAUGGUCGUUUGAAACCGGAUAUUGUUACGUACGGAAGUCAGGUGAAAGGUAGCAAUCUGCAUGGAGGCUGCAAAUCCUUGUCCGGCACUUCAGUUGCCUCACCAGUGGUCGCGGGAGCUGUGACCUUGCUGGCAAGUGGAGUGAUCAAUCGUUUGGAUCAAGUAAACCCCGCAUCGAUGAAACAGGCUUUGAUAGAAGGUGCUCAGCGGCUUCAGGAGAACAAUAUGUUCGAACAAGGGCAUGGAAAGUUGAAUAUUUUGAAAAGUAUGAAAAUUCUAUCCACUUAUAAGCCGAAAGUGACACUAUCUCCGGCGUAUCUCGAUUUCACCGAAGACUACAUGUGGCCUUACACGACACAGAGCUUAUUCUACACGAGUGCUCCGGUUAUUGCAAAUGUCACAAUCCUUAACGGAAUGGGAGUCAUAGGGAAGGUAAUUACCAGCCCCACAUGGCAUCCGUACACUAAUGAAAACGGCCAAAUGUUGAACAUAUCGAUAGCAUUCUCGGAACAGCUUUGGCCGUGGUCCGGUUGGAUGGCGGUCCACAUCGGUGUCAACGAAUUGGGGCGAAAAUUUGAAGGAUUGGCCCAAGGUCACAUAACGUUGACAGUUCAAAGUCCCGCUGGUCCGGGAGAAAAUGAACCCCGAAAUGGGACGGUAAGUUUCCCUAUCAAGGUGAAACUCAUUCCUCAGCCGCCAAGACACAAGCGAAUUCUUUGGGACCAAUAUCACAGUCUGCGAUAUCCUCCCGGGUAUCUUCCAAGAGAUAAUUUGAAAAUAAAAUCAGAUCCACUGGAUUGGCGGGCAGAUCAUAUCCAUACAAACUUCAAGGACAUGUACACUCAUCUGAGGAAUGCCGGGUAUUACAUGGAAGUACUUGGGGCACCGUUCACGUGUUUUGACUCCAGCCUUUAUGGAACACUCCUGAUAGUGGAUCCCGAAGAGGAAUAUUUCCACGAAGAGAUCGUCAAGCUAAAGAAAGAUAUUCUCGAGAGGGAUUUGAGCGUAAUCAUUUUUGCCGAUUGGUACAACACCACCGUCAUGAGGAAGAUCAAAUUCUACGAUGAAAACACCCGUCAGUGGUGGAUGCCCGACACGGGAGGUGCAAACAUCCCCGCCUUGAACGAUCUUCUGCGCGAUUUUGAUAUCGUGCUGGGAGAUAAAGUCUCCGAAGGAUACUUUGACAUGAGAGAUCAUCGAAUGUAUUACGCGUCCGGAAGUAAUAUCCUGAAAUUUCCGAUCGGAAACAAUACCAUUGUGGUGGAGAGGGACCUUUUCGAUCAGGGUUUGGAUCUGCUUGUGCCCGAUGAGAAAAGGCAAAAAAUUCGAUCCAAGACGGCGGUGCUUGGGUUGCUGCAAACCGACCACAGCUACUCAAAGGUUCAACCCGCGACUCCAAAUCCAGAGACGUAUAGCAAUCUCAAUCAAGACCACGAUGCGGACCGCAGCGAUGAAGCUCAAAUCGAUAGGAGUUCGAUUAUCAAUAAGAGAAUUUUGUUGAAUGCUAAAUCUUUUCCCGAUGAUGAUGAUGUUCCUAACGAAGGUGGAGAGCAACGACAAGAUUUCGAGAACAACGCUGUCGGCAAUUCGGACGUAGAUCUCGUGAAAAAUAUGGAGGGGGAAGAUCUGGACGAUAUUCAAAAGAUACAACACCCGGAGGAGAUAAGUCAGUUACUUCUGGAGAAGAAACAAAAUUUUACCGGCGAAAAAAUGAUAAUGGUUGAAGUACCUCAGUCACUACUUAAACUACACACAGCAGAACAGAUGAAAUUAGUUGGGCCAAAUCGUAGCGCAGGUGAAAAGAGUAAAACGAUGUCCGGUAGAAUUGCAAUAUACGGUGACUCCAACUGUCUCGAUUCAACACAUUUAGAUAAACCAUGCUUUUGGUUGUUGGAUUCUCUGCUAGAAUACACGAUGACUUCACAUGUGACGAAUUUGCUGAAAGAUUUGAACAGCAGUCGGCGUAACGAAAUUAUCAACGAUAGUAAACCCCCGCUUCGAUUGGCGAACAACAAUCUUCAUCUCUAUUCUAAGGUCCUGGGACACGACAACGAGAAGAAAAAGUUACCACUGUGUCAGUCACUGAAAUGGGAACAACCGGUUUCGCUUAACAUGUCAUCGCUCAAUGGGUAUGGACCGAACGAGCGGCUGUUGCUCCAGCAGCAACAGGAACUUCAGCAACAUCAGGCACAACAUGGUCUCUUCGGCAACGAAAUCGACAAUAGCGUUAAUCUGUUCCGGAAGCUUGAGAGUCAAAAAGCAACCGUAAUCAGUGCGAAUGAUGAACCAGACGUACCAGGAUGGCGAAAUAAGAAGACGGAUAAAAUUCCGCCGAACGCUCCGAACACAUUCAUAAAUCCAUCGGUUGCGCGUUCAUCCGUAGCAUCACUUGGUGUUGACAUCCCGGUGGUUGAUCCCCGGAUAGCUGGACCAGCAGCGAUCGAUAAGCAUCAAUCUAUACAUCAGCAACAACGUUUCGGCGAAGACCAAAGUGAUGCAUAUCAUAGUUCGGAUGGCAUCAGCAGCAGCAGCAGCAGUAGCUUCGAGUUAACCUCGAAUUGGUUCCUAAUGGUGUGCUCCCUGCUGCUACUUUUGCUGUUGCUCAAUUGGAUCCGCAAAACGAAGGGCUUAACCAUUAAGCGUCGAUUGAACUACAUAAUAAAAAAGAUAGGUUUCUAAGGUGGCACGACUCGCGAAUGAAAGAAUUUCGAACUUUUGCUUUGUUGUUUUAUUGGGCAGAGUGCUAACUACAUUCGUUGUAUGUUUCAAUUUAUGUGGAAUUGACUCUGAAGUUUUAUUUUAACGUUUUGUCGCUUUAUGCCACACUCCGAAUUCUGUUGCCCAAAUAAUUAGACCUUUACAUUUAAUCCUGAUAUCCGCAGCAGGGUAGUAAUGAAGGUUGUUAGGUAUCACUUUAUAAUUUUUACGUACAUUAUGUAAAAUUAACUUACCAGAUAUCGCAAAGAUUCAACUGAUAAAUAAAAUAAAUCAAU